AUGAUUACCUUAACUCAAGAAGAAAUGGAUGCCAUUAAUUAUGACGCCAGAGAAGGUGACGUAGAAAACUUGAAAGAAAUAUUCACCGAAAUAAGUCCCAAAUUAUUACUUGAAAUCAAAGAUGACAAUACUUUAAGUACACCAAUUCAUAUGGCAGCAGGAAAUGGUCAUGUUGAAACCUUAGAAUAUUUAUUAUCAAUUUUGGAUAAGAAAGAAGCAGAAGAAUUGGUUAACAGAAAGAACGAAUCAGGAAACACAGCUUUACAUUGGGCAGCCUUUAAUGGACAUUUACCUGUGAUUGAAUUAUUAGUCGAAAAGUUCAAUGCUGAUAUCUUCCUUAAGAAUGAAAAUGGUCACGAUGCAAUGUUCGAAGCAGAAAAUAACGGUAAAGAAGAAAUCGAACAAUGGUUUGUCAAGAAGUUUUCAGUUGAAGAAGAUUUCAAAUUCGAAGAAAAUGAACAAGAAUCAAAAAUCACUUAUACUCCAGGUAAAGAGACCAAAGAAGCAGACGAAAGAGCAAGAUUGGCCCAAGAAGCCAGUGACCUUGAGAAGAAGACGGAGAAAUUAUCUGUUGAAUAG